UUCAAUCACGUUUAAAUAUACUCUUACUCUGAUUUUGACCCGAAACUCCUUUUUUCUUCCUUCAACGUUCGGGAUGCGAAUGCCAGGCCUUGUUCUCUUGCUCUUGCUCUCGGUAAUUGUCGGAUUCUACGAAUUCGACGGCGUUUAUUGCUAUAAUCGGCCACCACCUCGGAAAACCAUCUUUGUCCCACAUGACGAUGAUGACUCCAAUUCGCCACAACAGGUACACAUAUCUCAAGUGGGCCAAGACAAGAUGAGGAUAUCGUGGAUUACAGAUAGCCCAUCCUCUGCAAAAGUUGAGUACGGUCCAUCUCCUUCGGCUAACCAAUUCUCUGCGACAGGGACUACCACUUCGUACCAAUACAUUGCCUAUGAGUCCGGUGAAAUUCACGACGUCGUAAUUGGUCCCCUUAAUCCCAACACGGUCUACUAUUACCGUUUGGGUGACUCGCCUGCACAAUCCUACAAUUUCAAGACUCCACCCUCUCAAUUUCCAAUCAAGUUUGCGGUAGUUGGAGAUCUUGGACAAACAGAUUGGACUAGGUCAACCUUGGAGCAUGUAGGAAAGUCAAACUAUGAUAUGCUGCUAUUACCAGGGGACCUGUCCUAUGCAGACUUCAUUCAAGAUCGAUGGGACUCGUUUGGUCGUUUGGUUGAGCCAUUAGCGAGCCAGCGUCCAUGGAUGGUCACACAAGGGAACCAUGAGGUCGAGAAGAUUCCAUUGGUUCACCCUCACUCAUUCACAGCUUACAAUGCAAGGUGGAGAAUGCCAUUUGAAGAGAGUGGAUCAGACUCUAACCUUUACUAUUCUUUUGAUGUGGCUGGGGUUCAUGUUAUCAUGCUUGGCUCCUACACCGACUUUGGUGUUGGUUCUUCACAGUACAAUUGGCUUCAAGGGGACUUGCACAAGUUAAACAGGGGAAAGACUCCUUGGGUAGUGGUUCUGAUUCACGCCCCAUGGUACAACUCCAACACUGCUCAUCAGGGUGAGUCUGAGUCCGUUUCAAUGAAGGCUGACAUGGAAGAUUUGCUCUAUCAAGCCCGUGUUGAUGUUGUUUAUGCAGGGCAUGUUCAUGCCUAUGAGCGCUUUACACGGGUUUAUAAAGACAAAAGUGACAAUUGUGGUCCGGUGCAUAUUACCAUAGGGGAUGGGGGUAACCGUGAAGGCCUUGCCACCAAGUACAUAGACCCCAAGCCAGAGAUAUCAAUAUUCAGGGAGGCUAGCUUUGGACAUGGGAUAUUAGAGGUGGUAAAUGCAUCGCAUGCACUUUGGACUUGGCACAAGAAUGAUAAUGAAGAAGCUGUUGCUAGUGACUCUGUCUGGUUAACGAGCCUCUCCUCUAAUCCCGCUUGUAAAGUGUGAUACUUAAAAGAAAAUUACUUGCCCCUGUAACGGCAAGAUGGUAUUUAUAGGUGUUAUUUUGAUUUAUUAUUAUUAUUUAUCAUUAGAAGAAAUCACAUUAUCGAUAU